CACUAAACUUCCGUCCCUGACAGCAACUUGUGGGACAGUUUUCCAACUUGCCAGAUUUCAUGGGAGUCUCUCAGCUGUAGCAGGAAAUGCUGGCAAAUCUGUGGACAAUGCUGUUCCAAAAAUAUCAGACUUACUGCGAUCGUUUACGGCAGGACACAGCUUUUCUAACGAGCAAUGGCAGACUGAAUGAGCAGCUGGUUGACAAAAUUAUCCUUCAGCUAAACAGAGUUUACCCCCAAAUUCUCACCAAUAAAGAAGCUGAAAAGUUUCGGAAUCCCAAAUCUUCUCUUCAUAGUCGGUUGUCAAACCUUUUAGCCCACCUGCAGAAGCAGGGUGACAAACCAUGUCAAGAAUUUUACCGUGCUUUACAGAUCAAUGCCCAGCAGCUGUAUAACAACUUGCCAAGCAGGAGAAUUUUAAAAACCUCAGAUCCCACAGGGAUAAACCCUGAGAAGGAGAAAUAUAUUCUAAAUAACAGGGGUCCUACAUUUUUUCUUGCCUGCUUCAGUGUUGCUGCAGGUUUAGCCUUCUUCAUGUAUUGCUACAACCCAGAUUCAAAAGUCCUGGGAGGAGCCAGGAAGGUGCUGGGAUUUUCCCCAAUCAUCAUAAGAAGACACGUUAGGAACAUUUGCAUGCUAUACAUGGAAGACUCGUAGAGGAAACACCGGGGGUAAACUAGCUCUGCUGGCUGGCACUGAAUGCCCCUGGCCCUGGAAAGGCAGCUUUGCAAGGAGAUAUGCUGUUUUCUUAUACCAAAGAUAUAACCGCGUGGCUUUAGCAGUGUGUCAUCCUGCUUCCAAGGGACUUCAGAAUGUCAGCUAUAUGUCUUUUUCCUGUGGGAGGGGGAUAUUUUUAUUUUUGUACAAUGUUAUUGCAACCUAUUUAUCGUGUGGGAAAACAAGCAUACCUGCAUUUUAGUGUUGCCCUGAGCUUUGCAAGGUCUUCAAGUAUUACGUGAUUCUGGUCCAGAGGAGGCACAAAGCGGUCGCCACUCCCAGCGGGGCCAAGUGUUGUUCUGGUGCUUGCGCUGCACCUUGGGGCCCAGCCGUCGCCUGUCGGGGGAAAGGGCGUCCUCACCCUCGGGGAAGCUGCCUCGAGCUCCUCUGCUGGACGGAGACGAGCAGAAGAGAUGCCUUCCGUUCUGCUCACGUUCCCACUGCUCUGCACCUGCUGGCCCACGGGAAAGUAGCGUUUCCUAAGGAAGCCCGACAAGCCGGCCCAAACACUCAUUUCCAGUCUUUGGAGCUCCCUUUUUCCAAUUGCACUGGCCUGCCCUGCUCUAGAAGGUGCCACCUCAUCUCAUUUCCAGUUGCUUAGCGGGGGUCUCCCGGCUUCAUGGGCUGCACUGGAUGCCGCUCCUUCCCCGGCCAAGGAUUCCACUUAAUAUGUAAAGCUUGUGUAGCUGCUAAUGGAAGUGUCCACAGAAGACAUCUUUCCUGGUGUGUCUGCUAAUCCCUUAGCAAUUGCAAGGCGAAGCACAAAGACCGCUGGCUUUAGAUAACAUUUUUUUUGAGCAACACUUGAAACGUAUCAGCAAGACUUGAAAGAAAUGCACCCAAAGCCUUAUUAAGACAUGGAGUGUGUAGUUUAACUUUUAAAGGUCAGCACUGUAUGUUCUCUUUCUGUUCUUAUGUACUCCAGGAGCUCAGAGUGACAUGAAUAAUCCGGGGAAAAGAAAAACUGUCAUAGAUUUGUUUGCUGUGCAAGAUUCCUUGUCUUUUCUUAUGCCAGUUCCAGGGGUACUUUUUUUUAACGUGUGGGAAGGAAUUCAGCAUGGUCCAAAGCCCUGACUGGCUCGUGUAUUUAUGAUGAAAUGGGGGCAAGGAGGCGUUGCAUGUUUUAGGAAAUUUUGUUUGUAUAUCUAAUGAUACUUAUAGCAGUGUUAAUAAUAUAUAACCAAAAAGGAAAGAAAACCCCUCCCCCCCUUUUGGAACCAAAUGCAUGUUUACCUUUAGUGUGUGUGCCUAUUAUGUAUGUCCAUUUAAUUGUUUGUAAGGUGUCAAUCAUAUAAAACGGGUGAGCUGACUAGACUAGUAGAAUGCUCCUAGAACAUUGCUUGGAGUCUGAUGCAUGCCCAUGUGCAGGCGUGAAAUUUGGUGCUGCAUGUUCUGUGCACCAGCCUUGGAUUUGUGUGCUCUCUUCUCCUCCACUGGUGCAUGGAAAGAGGAUCAGAAGCUUUUGCUUCUGUGGUCAAUUAACCAAAGUUCAUUGCUUCGUCCAAAUCUUGAACUGUGGUUAGUCUUUACUAUGGUUUAGGGCAGGGAUGGCCUUCCGGACAUUGUGGCCUGCAAUCAGCAUAUCCUCAGUUUGCUCACUCCUAGUUUAGGGGAGUAGCCUGGCUUUCUAAACCAUAAUUAGAACUUGGCUCAUUUCAAGAAUCCAUAGUUAAGAGUGUAAAAUUCAGAGUAACUCCAGUUUGUCCAGGUUUGGAUGUGAUGGCUUUUAACUAAACCGUGUUUCGUUAAAAAUGGAAAGCAUCCAUUCUCCUCCAGCUGCUCUGGAGGGCAGAAGGGGGGAAUUGAUAAGCUUGAGGUGUGUUUAUGUAAUGAAGAGAGCCAAAAGCCAGCUCUCCCAACCUGGCCUGGCCAUUCUGGCUGAGGACUGCAGGAGGUGCAGUCCAACACAUCUGGUGGGCAUCAUGUUGGGAAAGGCUACCAUGGAUGGUGGGGAAGCCGUAGAAUGGAUAAUGGCCAGGGCUUUUCAUGCAUAUCUUGGAAAGGCUUCUAAUCUUUAGAAGCCUAUGUGCUUUCUAGAGAUUAUGGGGGAAAAUAUUAAUCCUGAAUGAAGUCUUUAUUUGGCUGCAGCAGCAAUGGGUUGUUUAAUUUGGAACAGCUCCACUGUUGUUUAAUUUCAGCAGGGCUGUGGCUCGCUCUCUCUCUCUCUUGCUAGAGAGCGAGAGAGCGCGGGUUGUCAGGUGCCUUAGUCUGAAAGAGCCAGAAGGAGCUCUGAUGUAAAAGAGCUGGAAGACCGCACCCAGCCGCUGCUUCAUCCACGUGCAGUGCCUGAAAUCACCACAAGAUGGCAGGAGAACACCACGCUCUUCUCCUUUCCUACUCAGCUACUUGGUGUUUGCUUGUUCCUUCCUUGAUCUGCUCUUUCUUGCUUUUCACACAUGUUGCACUGAGAAUUAGUAUCGCAGUUGUAGGUGCCCAGCUCAGUCUUAUAUGGGUUAUAAGCCACCCCGGGACGCUGCAAUAAGCUAUGGGGGUUCUCGGGUGGCUUUGAAACUGUGCUGCACAUCUCAGCACAUUCAGAUGAUGCGGGAUAAUUAGACAAAUUUUGCAAUGUACGAUUGGCCCCUGAGAUGCAAGACAAAGCCUAGGAAUUUGGGGCAACCCCAGGCAGCUUCUGAGCUCCCUUGGAAGAUCCAAGUUAAGGGCAAGGAAAUGUAUGCUUUUAUUCCAAAUCAGAAAGUCGCUUUGAAUCUGUCACACUAACCAUCUUGCCAAUACAUCAGCUGCUUCCAAGAAAUUGCCUUUCUUGGAGCAAUGCUCACAAGAGCUAAAUGCAAUGCACUACUUCUAAACGUAAUGCAGGGGGAAAGGGGGAGAGCCCCUCUUCCAUCUGGAGCACUCUGGUGUUAUGUUAGGCAGCAUCCAUGUGCAGAUGGGUGCAAAAUGCCAGUGUUUAUGUAGCUCGGUAGACAGAGAUUUACUUAACAAGCUGUUUCUGCAGCGUGCUUGUCACUGAGAUGUCAGACUGCACAGUGAGUUGUUUGGGGAAGGUGACACCAAGCAUCAGUCUGAUUCCAGCCACAUCGGUGAUCUGCUCUCACUGGCUCAUAGACAGACACGUGUGCGUAUCUGCAUCCGUCUGUCCAUCUAUAGAGAAAUGACUUUCCAUUUGUAAAUUCACUUUCAAGUAAAAAACAUGCACCUCAGUUGCUCUUUCUUUGUUUGGAAGUCAAACAAAUUUUUUGGGGGGAGUCCUUGUUUAUGUCAAGCCAAGUAAGUGAGCACAUUGGAUUGUACAGAUUAGGUAGUUUGUCAUAAUUAUGCACUGAAUAUUGAUUUUGAGCAACAUGCUCUUAAAUUGUCCAAUUGUAAGUACUUCCUAGGGGAUGGAAUGGGCUUCCACAGGAGGUGGCUGAGGCCCCAUCGGUGCGAGUGUUCAAGGAUAGGCUGGACAAGCACAUGGUGGGCAUGUUGUGAGCGGAACUGACUAGAGCCGGGGUCAGACUAGAUGGCCUGGGAGGCCUCUUCUGACUCGCUCUCAUUCUGUUUCUAUGUUUCUAUUUGUAAAAGAAAGCAGCCCUUCCAAAAAUAGACAGAGUCCUUGACAUUUUGACUCUAAACUCAAGGUGGCUUCUGCCUUUUUGCAGAAUAUAGUAAUGGUCACUGUAUGCUAACAUAGACUAUUGCUCUGUCACCUCUUUUCUUUGCAGCAGAGUUGCAUGGUUUUCACACAAUUAAUGCCUUUUUGAACCAAUGCCAAGAUUGCAGUACAGACAGCCACCGUUUUAAUAACUGGCUUUUUUCUUGUCUUCAUAAAAUUUGAGAUGCACUCAGUGAACUCCAUUGUCCCUAUCCAAUGUCAUGGGAAGAAUUAUGACCAAGGUAAACAUUUCAUUAUGAGAUUCAGAGACUUAGACAUAGAACGGAGCCUUUCCAUGAGAUUGCCACCUGCAUGAUAGUAAAUAAUGCCCUCCAGUUUCAGGUAUUUCAGUUCAUGUGCACAUCUUGGAUUUCAUGUACAGUUUUCACCUGAAUCCUUGGCUGCAGAGUUUUGUUCCAGGCAAUACAGCGGCUUGGAAUAAAUUGUAAAAUGAUAAUGACAAAAACCGAUUGAAGGAAGUAGCUUUAAAAGCUCAUAUCAUAAAAACUGGAAAGAACCUGUACAAAAAAAGAACCCAAAGAAUCUGUUGAUAUUUACCCUUGUAGGGAUUUCUUUCUGUUUCAGACAAUUUAAUUGAUUAAGGAUGAAAAUCCCAUGAAUGUUUAGACAAAACUUGCAUUUCCCAUGUUGUCUGGGGAAUGCUGGAUGUUAUAGGCCUUUUUCUGCCUAACAUGUAUAGGAUUGUACCCUAAGAUACAUUUGAGUGAGGCUUGGAAUACUCCAAAACUAUGUACAUCCGGUGUUGGUAUCAAAUUGCACUAUGUGGUCACUGUGUUUAUUUGCUGGUGUGCCUUCCAUCUGUGCAUUUUAUUUCCAGAUGGUGCUUCCUUUCCUAAGUGACCUGACUUUAGGAAUGGCACAGGUUGAGGGAGGAUGAAGGAAUGAGGAUUUGUUGGCCAGCCUGUGGAAAAUGGUUUAAGGGGUCACCCAAGUGCAGAUCACAGACAAGACCACACACAUUUCUGUGCAGCCUUUGCUGACAUUGACCCCGUGUGAGGAUGCGGACCUUUCUGCCCUGUCCGCCCUUGUUACUGGGGUUGUAUGUACUUCUGGAGUUCCAGCUACUCUCCGUUUUCAGAGAUGAAGCAUGGUGGAAUAGCUGCUCAGCAGCAGGACAUUUCUGCCCUUCCCCAGUACAAUACUUGUGCCUUGCAUGCUCCUUGAGUAGCACUUCCACUGGUGUGCACACACAUUUCUGUGAGCACAGACAGGAGUAGCAACUGUAUUCUGACCAACUUGUGUAUUGUAGUGAACUCAUAGUUGAAUUUUAGUUCACGGAAAUAAGCCCCGUGAUUCCCUUGGAGCACUGUCCGUGUUCUCUUUAUUACUCUUUGAUACUCUCUGUACUACUGUGUAUUACUGGUAUAGUCACUGAACUGCCUCAAACUGCUUUAGGGCUAGGCAUGUCUUUUGCCUAACUUAAUUUCAAAGUAAUUGGAUGAUGCCUUCUAACCAAGUGCUUUAGAGCUGGGCCAGGCAGAAAGUCGAUCUCCCCAGAUGUUUUGUGCUUCAGGUCCCAGCCAUCUUCACCUUUGGCCAGGGUGGCAGAAGCCUCUAGGAGUCGAAGUCCAAAGCAUCUGGAGACCUGUCAUCUGCCCAGCCUGGCUUCAGGGAAUAGCCCAGACUAGUUCACGCAACCAAGUUGGUGCACUGAUAUUCUAGCAGCACCACACUGGAUGGCUGGCAUGACUGUGUGCAAUUCCUUUAUAGCAUAAAACACUGUCCUUGUUCGCCAUAAUGGCAUAAAGCUGCUCAGGAGGAACUGUGGGUGAAGGCAGUUUUAGCCAAAGAUGGAGUUCAUGGCAGAUUCUCCCCUGGUUCUGCAGGGAUGGCUUUGCACCAGAGCUGCGGAAGUGCCUGCCAGUAACCAGGCCUCGCCUCAGGCUUUACACUCGACCCUUCCCACACUUCCCCAUGGGGUGUGUGCCCCACUCUGUGUUGGGUGAGGGUUCGGGCUGGGGUAGCACACAGACACUCAGGCCUUCGGCUGUCCAUGCAUACCCUCACCCAUAAGAAAGGGAACUUUUUGGCCUCCUUCCGUGCACCUGCUGCAGAAAUUGGGGGUGUUCUUGAGAGCCUGAGAAUUGCUAACCAAUUUUGUGCUUUUGCUCAAAAUCCCCCAUAAAAUCUGAGGCCAUCCAAGUAUUUUAGAGCACAGUCCCUACUGGUCAAGGAUUGUGGGAACUGUUGUACGAAACAUCUGGAACACACCACAUCUGCCUAAACCUGCCCAGCCUGCUGCCUUCCAAAUGCUUUGGAUUACAACUUCCAUCACUCAGCAAGUUGGCAUGACCAUUAUAGUUGGAGUUGGAUUCCAAUGCAUUUGGAGGGUACAAGGUUUGGGACGCUUUCCUUAGAGAAAAUCAGGUGCAUAUGAAUGUAGUGAGGGAGUCCAGAGUCAGUCUCACUGCUCCCAAUAUAUUCCCAGUGUCUUUUGAUUCCGAUUCGCUCAGGACUGCUGCAUUCCUUGCAGCAUUUGACUUGAUUUGGGGUUCAGGUGCUGCUUUCUGCAUCAAAUCCCCGGGUUUUGUCUAUUGGAAAGGGAAACACUAGAUGUAAGUGUACUGAUUUUCUGGUCUCUCUGUGUAUAAAGUAUGUAUUGCUGUCCAAUGUGUGUAUAAAGUAUAAGCAAAAAAAUAAAGCCUAUUUAGCACUUUACAAA